CCUUUCUUUUUUCCCUUCGCCCCUCUCCCCGCGCUCCGAACGGAAUGAAGCGGCGGAAAUGAGGAAGCCAUGGCUUUUCCAAACCCUAACCCUAACCCUAGCUCGCCCCUUCUCAUCAUCGGCCCCCUCUACCAACGUCGCCGUGAAAAAGGUGACCAAAUCCAACUUCGAAUCCUCUCUCUCCGAUCUCCGAGCUCGAAUCAAGGAAUGCGACUUCGUGGCCGUCGAUCUAGAGAUGACCGGAGUAACGAGCGCGCCAUGGCGGGAGUCUUUCGAGUUCGAUCGGUCCGACGUUAGGUAUUUGAAGGUGAAAGAUUCGGUCGAAAAGUUCGCCAUCGUCCAGGUUGGGGUUUGUCCCUUUCGGUGGGAUUCAGCCAAGGGAUCGUUCGUCUCUCAUCCGCAUAAUUUUUAUGUUUUUCCUCGGAAAGAGCUUCAAAGUAAGGAUUCCGCAUAUGAAUUUCUUUGUCAGACGACUUCAAUGAAUUUUCUGGCUAGACACCAAUUUGAUUUUAAUGCAUGGAUACACGAAGGAAUAUCUUAUUUAUCCAGAGCACAGGAAGCAGAAGCUCUACAAAAAUUAUCCUCAUCAUAUGAAGAUCGUUUGUCUAAUUCUAAUCCAGAGGAAUGGGUAGAGAUACCAACAGGGAGCACAUCAGACCUUCUCUUCACCGAGAGAAUGAAAAUAAGAUUCCAAGAAUGGCGUGAUGGUAUAAUAAGACAUCCCAAUGGAGUCUGUCCUUUGGAAGAAAAUCCUGAUAGCAAGAAAUUGCAAUUUCAAACAAUUUUCUUUAAGAUGCGUCCUGCUGUUCAGCUGAAUGGAUUCAACUCCCACCAACUGAAAUUGAUUAAACUGGUACUGAGAAAACACGUCAAGGACCUUGUAUAUGUGCGUACAGAUGAUGAAAAUAGUUCGCCGCAAAACAUUGUUGUGUAUGCAGACUCCGAGCAAGAUAAAUUCUCUCUCAUGAAAGAGGUCAAGGAUGAUCAUCAGAAAAGCUCAGAAGCAAAAAUUGAGUCUUCUGUUGGCUUUCGCCAUGUAAUUGAUAUUCUUUCAUCUGAGAAAAAAUUGAUCAUCGGUCAUAAUUGUUUGCUGGAUAUUGCACAUAUAUGCUGCAAAUUUGUUGGACCUCUUCCUUUGUCUAUGGGUGAUUUUGCAUCAUUUGUACACAAAGUAUUUCCGUACAUAGUUGACACCAAGCACCUUAUAAGUGCCAGUAAUGCAAUUCAGUACCUGAUGAAGAAAAGCAGCAAGUCAUUGUCUUCAGCUUUCUCUCUGUUGUGCCCAAAAAUCUCUUCUGCAUCUCAAAGUUCUGCUUCCAAUUCAUAUGUCAAAGUUGAGGUUGAAACAAAUGAAACAUGUGAAACUGGAUUGUCUUGUUGGAACUCGGGUGCAAAGCAUGAAGCCGGCUAUGAUGCAUUUAUGACUGGAUGCGUUUUUGCUCAGGCAUGCAGUCUCUUAGGCAUCAAAUUUGAAACCAACUCACCAACAAUUGACUUUACAAGAAAUGAGAAGCUCCAGCACCACAUCAAUCUUCUAUAUCCUAGCUGGAACAGUGGAACAGUGAUUAAUCUAAGUACCGGUGUUGAGGCUCCAGAGUUGGGUUAUAAGCGUAAAUAUCCUACAAUAGUAUUUUCCAACAUUGUCCUAGUCUGGGGAUUCCUCUCCAAGCUCGCACCGAAGGAUUUGAAGGAUUGCAUCUCUAAAGUGUUUGGUGCUGAUUCAGUUACGUCGGUAUUUUUCCUGGACUCAACUGCUGCACUUGUCCAGUUCAGCAAAGAGGAAUUUGUGAAUGAUUUCUUGAUCUUGAAGGACACCUUGGAAAAAAAUGAUGAUGCAAUAGCAGUGUUGCAUCCUCUUGCAAAGCUUCUAGAAGGUGGUAACACUCGAGCUGCUGGCUAUGAAACUUAUAAGGAGAUCUGUGGUGCUUCUGCUUCAAAAGUUUUGUUUGCUGAUCAAGCUGAAGCAAUAGGAAUCAGAUGGAAGACCAAGAUAGACCGUGUUAAUGAGGAAGCGAAAGAUGUAGAUGAGUACUCUGAUGUCAAACAGCGCAAUGAAAGGAAAACUGAUAAAGAAAAAAGCAAUCACCAAAUAUCUUACGACGACGUCUUGAGUUCUUUGCGUGCUUCAAAACCAUUGUGUGGGAAACAUGUGAAAAACACAUAAUAAAAUUUGUGGGCAUGAUUAUUUCUAAAUAGAUCGUUUCCUUUUGAUAAUUAGGUUGUAUUAGCAUGAAAGAGCUUGCUUUAAAGGUAUAAGAUGUUUUCCCCAGGGUCCUUUACCGCACUUCUGUAGUCAUGCCAGACGCUGCACUUGUUGUACCCUAUUUGUAAGUUAUGCUGAUGAAAUUUCUGGUUUAGAUGUUGAAAUUUUCA